AUGCUGCAUCAAGGCAUAAUCCUUCGCGAAGGUCAUAUAACACGUACUAUUUACAAUCUGAUUAAGGAUAAACGUUAUGAGGAUGUCAUUGAGUGCAUUAUAAAUUUGGGUGAGGCUGCCAAUACCAGAGCCGGUCUGUCUACAUUGGGCUAUUGUUAUUAUCAUGCCCAGAAAUAUGAAGAGGCGGCCACCUGCUAUGAACAGCUGUGUAAUUUGGUGCCCAAGGUGGCUAAAUAUAAAUUCUAUUAUGCUCAAUCUCUAUACCAGGCCGGAAUAUUUGCCGAUGCCUUAAAAGUCCUGAAGCAAAUCGGUGACAAUGCAGAACUCAAGGAACAAUGUCUGCAGUUGCAAAGCGCAAUUCUGUAUUCAAGUGAAGAUUAUGCUGGAGCUCAAAGUGUUUUGAAUCAACGCAGUAUUGGCACAGCUGAGACCCUCAACGAUGAAGGUUGUCUUCUCUAUCAGGCUGAUCAAUACGAUAGUGCUGUGCAGAGGUUCAAUACGGCUCUACAAGUUGGAGGCUUUAAUCCUUUGAUUGCUUACAAUUUGGCAUUAUCGCAUUUUCGUAAAAAGGAAAAGACCCAGGCUAUAGAUUACACAGCUGAAAUUGUGGAACGUGGUAUCAGAAAUCAUCCGGAAUUGGGAAUCGGUGCCCAAAUUGACACCGAUGGCAGUGCCCGAAGUGUCGGUAAUCCCAUAACAAUGGCUUUGUCCGGCAUAACCCAGGCUCUUAAUUUGAAAGCGGCCAUUGAAUAUAAUGAUGGAAAUGUUGAUGCGGCCAGAGAUGCACUUUUGGAUUUACCACCAAGAGCUGAAAGUGAAUUGGAUCCGGUGACAUUGCACAAUAUGGCCUUAACCGAUCCCCAGGGACCAGUGGCUGGUUUAAGAAAACUGGCAUUUCUUCUUGACUUGGGUCCUCCGGCAUGUCCCAAAGAAACCUUCGCCAAUAUUCUUUUAAUUUGUUGCAAACAUGAAUUGUACGAAACGGCAGCGGAUAUUUUGGCGGAGCACACCGAUUUGACCUACAAAUAUUUAUCGCAAUAUCUCUAUGAACUGUUGGAUGCCUUGAUAACGGCACAGGCCUCCGCUGAAUCAGCUGAAAAGAAAUUGGGAACAUUGGCCUCGAGUUUGGCUGGAAAAUUACGUAGCUUAGCUGCAAAAGUUCAAGAAGUACGUUCGACCACCGAUCAGAAUGCGUUAAGGACGGCAUUGAAAGACUAUGAAAAUGCUUUGGAAUUAUAUUUACCCGUGGUCAUGGCCCGUGCUUGGAUCUCGUGGCGUGAUGAUGAUUUCGUUGGAGCAGAAAGAGAAUUUCGUUCGAGUGCUGAAUUUUGUUCGGAAAAUCCCAUAUGGCGUUUAAAUGCCGGACAUGUACUUUUCAUGCAGGGUGAUAAGUACAAAGAAGCAGCGGCGUUUUAUGAACCCAUUGUUCGACAGCAUGGAGAUGAUAUUAUGUCAGUGUCCGCUGCAGUUUUGGCCAACUUAUGUGUCUCGUAUAUAAUGACCUUUCAAAACGAAGAGGCCGAAGAGUUAAUGCGCAAAGUGGAAAAAGCUGAGGAGCUAAAAGGCAAUUUGGGCAAACAAUAUCAUCAUUUGUGUAUUGUGAAUUUGGUCGUGGGCACUUUGUACUGUGCCAAAUCGAAUUAUGAAUUCGGUUUGUCACGCAUCGCUCACGCCUUGGAAAAUGGUUCAGGUGCUCGGUUGUAUGCCGACACAUGGUUGCAUGUUAAACGUUGCAUUUUGGGUCUGCUGACUGGAAUGGCAAAACAAAAUAUUAUUUUGGCAUAUCCAUCGGUGCAGGAAGUUAUGAGCUUUUUGAAAUCGUGUGAAGUUAAUGGCAUCUUUACGCCAGCCAACAUUUACAGCGCAUCCGAUGAAGUACCGGCCGAACCUUUGACCAUUGGCCUGGAGGCACGCAAAUUACGUUUGUUGUUGCUCAAAUUAAGUGAAUACGAGAAUGAUUAA